AUGUCUACUGAAUCUGCUUUAUCUUACGCUGCUUUAAUCUUAGCUGACUCUGAAGUCGAAAUCUCUUCUGAAAAGUUAUUAGCUUUAACUAACGCUGCUAACAUCCCAAUUGAGGGUAUCUGGGCUGAUAUCUUCGCCAAGGCUUUAGAAGGUCAAGACUUAAAGGCUUUAUUAGUCAACUUCUCUGCCGGUGCUGCUGCUCCAGCUGCUGCUGGUGCCGCUGCUGGUGCUUCUGGUGCUGCUGCCGGUGAAGCUGCUGAAGAAAAGGAAGAAGAAGCCAAGGAAGAAUCCGACGAUGACAUGGGUUUCGGUUUAUUCGAUUAA